AUGACAAAAAUACCAGAACUUCAUACCGGCAGUACGCGCAACCGGAAAGGCUAUCUCUCGCCCAUCGAAGACUUUCAAAUUCCGUUCGGAAUCGUGGAAGGCGUUCAAUAUGGUCCCACCCUCCUGAUAACUGCAGGAGUUCAUGGUUCGGAGCUAUGUUCGAUUGAGGCGGCGUUGCGCUUAAUGAAUAUCGACGGACAUCAGUUAACCAGAACGCUUUUCGUCUUGCCAGUCAUGAAUUUCCAUGGCUUUCGUGCUCGAAGCAUCUACGUCAAUCCGCAAGAUGGAAAAAGCCUAAACAGACAAUUCCCAGGAAAUCCUCUAGGUACAGCUAGCGAGCGCCUUGUUCAUUGGCCAUCGGGUAUCUUCCCGAAAUGUGACGCUUAUCUAGAUCUGCACGGUGGUAAUCUGGAUGAAGAGCUUAAGCCUUACACAAUAUUUAACGAAGAUAGUGAAGCAUCGAAGCAACUAGCAGUCGCAUUUGGCCUGGAGACUGUUGUUGCAGCAUCUGGAACUCGGCGCGUCUCGUCAAGCUAUGCUACCCGUCUGGGAAUUCCAGCUAUUACGGCUGAAGCAGUUUGUAACGGCCUUGUUUCUGAAGACAAGGUCUCCCUACAUUAUGACGGUGUGAUGCGUGUCAUGGCUUACCUUGGGAUGUUGCAGUCACCCGCGUUACCAUUGGCCGUACCGGAACGACGCUUUGUAAAACUUUCGGUUCCUAUUGCAUCUGCAGAAGGGCUCUGGUAUCCACGACACCGUGUUAGCGCACACAUCGCGAUCAAUGAUAUUCUUGACGAGGUGCGAGGUAUUUUCGGGGAGGUCCUUGUUACCGUAACAGCUGAAGUCUCUGGUGAGGUGCUUUAUCGGCUGCCGAGCCUUUGGGUAAACAGCGGCGAGCAACUGAUGGGUGUUGCUUACAUGGUUCCUUCAAUGUGA